UAUAUUUUGCUUGUCUGCAAGAAAAGGAGAGGGGCAAACAAGCCCUUAUCAGUUAUCACAGCCUGAUUGAUUACAGAGAGAAGCAACAAACAAGACACGAAAAGCUGACGUUUGAGACUUGAGAGUUGGGAGGGAGAAACCCAAAGGCUAAGGCUCUCGCUGAAACAUCCACAGUGCGAUUGUGAUUGUCGAGGCUGUUUUAGCGGGCACUUCUAUCGCUCCUAAAAUUGUAAAAGAUGAGUACACUGGAUGCCACCAGGGCAGAGCUUGCUCUUAUUGUUUUAUAUUUGAACAAGGCUGAAGCUAGGGACAAGAUAUGCAGAGCUAUACAAUAUGGUUCCAAAUUUUUGAGUAAUGGGGAACCCGGUACUGCCCAGAAUGUGGACAAACAAACGAGCUUGGCACGGAAAGUUUUCCGUCUAUUCAAGUUUGUCAAUGACCUGCAUGCUCUGAUAAGUCCUGCCCCACAGGGAACUCCGCUAUCUCUAGUUUUGUUGGGAAAGUCCAAAAAUGCAUUAUUGUCAACUUUCUUGUUCCUCGAUCAAUUUGUGUGGCUUGGUAGAUCUGGCAUUUACAAGAAAAAAGAACAUACUGAACUAAUUGGACGGAUAUCUCUUUUCUGUUGGCUGGGCUCCUCAGUGUGUACCACCUUAGUUGAGCUUGGCGAGCUUGGAAGACUCUCAGCAUCAACGAAGAAGUUAGAGAAAGAACUCAAGGACAGUAACAAAUAUAAAAAUGAGGAUUACCGGGCUAAAUUAAAAAAGUCAAAUGAGAGAACUCUAGCACUUAUCAAAGCUGGAAUGGAUAUAGUGGUAGCAGUUGGGCUGCUUCAAUUGGCGCCUAAGAAAGUCACUCCUCGUGUGACUGGGGGAUUCGGAUUUGUUUCAUCGCUGAUAUCUUGCUACCAGUUGCUUCCUUCCCCUGUCAAGUCCAAAACCUCGUGAAGAUGGAAGAGCAGACUCCCUCUUAUCGUGCUUCGAUAUGAUUAAAUAAUUAUUCACAUUUGUCACUAAAUGUUUGUUCAUGCGAACUUUGAGCAAUAUGCUGACUAGUAAGGAGUCUUUAAAAUGCCAUCACAGAGAAUGCCUAUAUUGCCAUGGUUUGCAUUUCCUUAUAAAUAGAAAUGAUGUCUGCUUGGCUCUUAA